GCGCGGGUAGCGGCCCUGCCUCAAGGGCGGGCCGGAAAGUGGGACGUGGGCGACGAAGAGGAGCCGCUGCCACCGGACUCAGGUGAUGAGCUCCCCAUCCCACAGAGGGGAGCCUCCGGGAGAUGGCCUCAAAGACGGUGCCCAGCCUGCUGGCCUUCCUGUGUGGCUGCGCCGUGGGCUUCUUCCUCUGCUACCAGCUGCUGCACGCGUUCCUGGAGAAGCCGGCCGAGAUCCAGCCGCACGUCCUGCACAAUGACCCGCACGCCGGACAUGCCGACGAGGCCGGCCACGGGCUCCUCGAGGGCCAGAUGGACUUUGGCGCUGACACCAGCCAGCACAGAGACGAGGACACGCGCGUGGCGGACGAGCUGUUCCACAGGGUGCGGGUGCUGUGCUGGGUCAUGACGGGGCCGCAGAACCUCGAGAAGAAGGCGCGGCACGUCAAGGCGACGUGGGGCCGGCGCUGUAACCGGGUGCUCUUCAUGAGCUCUGAGGAGAACAAGGACUUCCCCACGGUGGGGCUGGACGCCCGCGAGGGCCGCGACCAGCUCUACUGGAAGACCAUCCGGGCGUUCCAGUACGUGCACGAGCACCACCGCGACGACGCCGACUGGUUCCUGAAGGCGGACGACGACACGUACGUGGUGCUGGACAACCUGCGCUGGCUGCUGGCGCGCCACGACCCGGCGCGGCCCGUCUACUUCGGGCGCCGCUUCAAGCCCUACGUGCGCCAGGGCUACAUGAGCGGCGGCGCCGGCUACGUGCUCAGCCGCGAGGCGCUGGCCCGCUUCGUCGAGGCCUUCCGCACCAGCCGCUGCUCGCACAGCUCCUCCGUGGAGGACCUGGCGCUGGGCAAGUGCAUGGAGGCCGUCGGCGUGGAGGCCGGAGACUCGCGCGACCCCGGCGGCAGGGAGACCUUCCACCCCUUCGUGCCGGAGCACCACCUCAUCCGGGGCUACCUGCCCAAGACCUUCUGGUACUGGAACUACAACUACUACCCGCCCGUGGAGGGUCCAGGCUGCUGCUCGGAUCUCGCCAUCUCCUUCCACUACGUCGACUCCACCACCAUGUACCAGCUGGAGUACCUGACGUACCACCUGCGUCCCUACGGCUAUGCCUACAGAUUCCAGCCCGCCUUGCCAGAGGGGCCGGCCAAGCCAACGGGCAAGGCCCCCCAAAAGGAGGACCCCCAAGAGAAAGUGGGCAGCUCCUCCUGAGCAGGAGGCUGGGAGCCCACCAGGGACGUGCCCUCUGCCAAAGGAAGGCCUGCCCCAGAGCACGCAGCAGCUGUGGACCGCGCCAGACUGCUGGUGCAGGGAUGGACGGACGGAUGGAUGGAUGGAUGGAAGGAUGGAUGGAAGGAAGG